AAAUGGAAACGUCACUUCAAACAAAACGAAAAAUCGAUCGAUAUUCGCCCUAUUUUCUAUGAGUUUAUUAAUUUAAAACAGCCGGCUAAUCAAAUAUUAACGAUCAACCAUGCAGAAGUGUAAUGAUGAUAAUAUACCUUUAGCAGAUGACGACCCACAAGUGAUAAUUAACGAUGAAAUAGAAAACAAUCAUUUAGAUCAUGGUCGUUCAAUGGACUCAUUGCCGAGUUCCUAUACUGGUGGUUCCUCAAGCCCUGGCCUUAAUGGGCCACCUAGUUUCGAGCCAGAUUCCGGAAUUGAUGAACAGGAAGAAAAGGCCCGCCUUAUAUCACAAGUGUUGGAAUUGCAGAAUACUCUAGAUGAUCUGUCACAGAGGGUGGAUUCCGUAAAAGAAGAAAAUUUGAAACUUCGCUCAGAGAACCAAGUCUUAGGGCAGUACAUUGAGAACUUAAUGUCGGCAUCAUCAGUUUUCCAAUCCACCACACCUAAUAUUGGCAAGAAGUAAAAUUAUUUAAGUUUUUGAGGGACAUGACCACACUAUCAUUCAGAGCUGGCAACACUGUGGAAACACUGCAAAUGCUUUGUGGCAACACUGAAAGCUGGGGAAACUUUUUAAUCUGUGUAAGGCUGAAAGUCCUAGAACCUUUAUAACCAAUCCAAAAUUAAUUACUUGUGAAUUUCUUCAGAAAAUCUUCUUGAAUGGUGAAAACAGUUAACAAUUAAUAACUUUCUAGAAUCUCAACCAUAAUGGUAAACUUUGCUUUUGUCGAAUUGUAUAAAAUUGGGUGCAAGAAUUGUUUAAAAUGCCGUGCAUUUAAAAUUAGUAAAGACUUUCAGCCUUGAUAAAAAUUAUUUGAAUAUAAAACUUAUGCAUUAGUCAUAAGUAGUCUAGUGAGGCACUGAUGAGUAGAAAGUAUAUUGUUCGAUGUAAAUAAGGUAUGAAUAUCUACUAGACUACUUUCAUUUUGAAUGCAAAAGAGGUUUUAUAUCAAUUUCAAAGACUCAAUGCACUGCCUUUUGGGCUGUCAAACUGACAGCAAGGAGUUUGUGUUGUAAAGAGGCUUAGCUUCAGAAGCAAUGCUAUUAUUGUGUAAUUUAUGUUAGCACUUCUUAUUGAUAAUGUAAAUGUAUAAGUACUUGCAAAAAUAUGUAUGAAAUUAAACCCUUAAUUUUGCAAGUAAUUGUAUUAAUGUAAAAUAGGUGUAAGAUUUUCAAACAUGCUAACUUUGGAAAUUAAAUUAAUCACUAUGUAAUCAUUCAACCAUAAGGUUGAAUUUCACUUGCACAUCUCUUGAAAACAAGGUCUUAUUUUGCUUACCAAUAUGUGACAUUUUUAUUUAUUGAGAUUUACUAUAAUUUUUAUAAAUGUAAUUCAAAUGAAUGUUAUUAUUUUAUUUUUGUUGUGAUGUCAUAAAUAGCCAGGUAUAGACAUUCCAUUUCAUAUUUUUUAUAAUAAAGUUAUAUUUCAUCAUGCUCUCUAUCAUCUAUCAUUCAAAAAAUAUUAUUGUAAAACCUGCCUUAUUAUAAUUAAUGAUAAUGAUUUUAAUAAAUUGUUUU